AUGUGUUCUAACGAGAUUGACGCAUCCUCGCCUUCAUAUCCACUCCGAGCUCCAAAGCCGGUAGGGAAGCGCAUUGCGCGCCUCGACAAGGACCGUCUUGGGCAACUGUAUUCUCCAGGGCAAUGGGAGAAAGUCAAUCUUCUAGCUAUGCUAAAUGAAGGCGUUUUCUCUGGCCCUCCGCAUGUCAAUCUCUCAGUGUGGCAUGCUCCAGGAACCACUCGCCCUGCUUUCGAGGAAGCAACAAACCCAUCAAAUGAUUAUCAAGAAACAACCUUGGAUCAAGAAUUUGGACCCUCAUGGUCCACUCACUGGUUCAAAGUUCAUAUCCAGCUUCCUGUGGCAAUUUGUGGCAAAAAACAUGUCGAGUUACACUGGGACUGCAACAAUGAAGCUACCGUUUGGACAGAGGACGGCAUGCCUCUACAAGGCCUCACCGGCCGAGGAGAGCGUAUCGAGUGGAUCAUUCCCGAGUCUUUCAAGGACGGCAAAAAACAUCUCAUAUAUAUCGAAAUGGCCUGCAAUGGCAUGUUUGGAAAUGGCCCAGGCCGACCGAUCUUCAAGAACAACCCUGGCGGUGAUUCCAUUCAACCACCGGAUCAAAAUAAAUAUUUUUCUUUGUCCAAGGCGGAGAUUGUUGCUGUGAAUUGGAACGCCAGGAUGCUCUACGUGGACAUUAUCACCAUCCACGACGCUGCUACCGUUUUACCAGAUGAAUCUUGGCAGCAGCAUAAAGCAUUGAGUGUAGGUACUAAGAUGAUCAACACUUUCAAACUUGGCGACAAUGAAUCGAUCAUCCGGUGUCGAAAGAUGGCCGAGGAAUUCCUUGGGCCAAAGGUCAGCUCCAGCGACGUUUACUCAGCCAGUCCUCAGCAAGGCGCUGAUGUUUUCGCGAUUGGACAUUGCCACAUAGAUACAUGUUGGUUAUGGCCUUGGGCGGAAACCAAGAGAAAGGUCGCGCGGUCAUGGCUCAAUCAAUGCGACUUGAUGGAUCGGUACCCAGAGUUAACAUUUGCAUGCUCACAAGCUCAGCAAUUCCAGUGGCUCAAGGAAGAAUAUCCCCAUGCUUUUGAGCGCGUGAAACAAAAGGUUCAGUCUGGGCAGUUUCAGCCGAUCGGUGGCUGCUGGGUCGAACACGACACAAAUCUGCCAAAUGGAGAGUCGCUUGUGCGGCAGUUCCUAUAUGGGCAGCGAUUCUUUGAAGCAAAUUUCGGCUCUCGCAGCCGUGUACUCUGGCUACCAGACUCAUUUGGAUUUUCUGCCCAGCUUCCACAACUGUCCAGACAAGCCGGAAUGCCGCAUUUUUUGACUCAAAAAAUAUGCUUCAACAAUAUCAAUCAAUUUCCCCAUACCACUUUUAACUGGGUCUCUCUUGACGGAAGCCAGGUCCUUUGCCAUAUGCCACCCGUGCGAACCUACACUGCUGAAGGCACUGUUGCUGAUGUCCAGCGGUGUCUCACCAACCAUCUAUCCAUGGACCAGGAUCACACGUCCCUCAUGGCAUUUGGAAAAGGCGACGGUGGUGGUGGUCCAACCUGGCAACACCUGGAGCGACUCAGACGAUGCCGUGGUGUCUCAGAUACAGUCGGUCUACUUCCUCGAGUGCAUGUCGGUGGCUCCGCAGACGAAUUCUUCGAGAGACUAGAGCGCAAGGCUGACUUGCUUCCGACCUGGAACGGUGAUCUGUACUUUGAACUGCAUCGUGGCACUUAUACCACCCAGUCCAGUACUAAGAGAAAUAACCGAAAAGCGGAGUUCAUGAUGCGAGAUAUUGAGCUCCUCGCAACAGUUGUGUCUUUAGCGGAUAGCUCUUACAAAUACCCAAAGGCAGAGAUUGACCGAAUGUGGCACAGCAUUCUGCUAUGUCAAUUUCAUGACUGCCUCCCAGGAACCGCGAUUCGGAUGUGCUACGAUGACUCGGACCAGGUGUACGAGAAGGUUUUCAAGACAGGCGAGAAUAUUCUUCUAGCCCUCUACCAGUGUCUCAAUCUGGAGUUAUCGGGGGCUAAUUCACCAGACGCUGGACACAUGGUUGCUCUCAACACACUUCCCUGGAAUCGUACGGAAAUCAUUGACUCCUCGGAAAACUCCUGUCUAUUAGCUUCGGGCAAUGGAAGUCUAGUUGCCCUUGAAAGAGUCUUCCCAACGUCGAAGGAAAGGCCCGUCACAGUUCAAGAGGUCUCCACCGGCGUUUUCACGCUCCAGAAUGAGCAUUUAUCUCUCACUGUUGAAAAAGGCUGUAUCAUCUCGCUGUACGAUCGCAAAGCAGACCGCGAGAUUAUCCCACAUGGUGAAAAGGCCAAUCAAUUCGUCAUUUUCGACGAUAAGCCAAUUUAUUGGCAAGCUUGGGACGUAGAAGUCUACCACUUGGACACGCGAGAGGAGCUAGCAAGCUCAGGUACUUCUAUUACCGAAGAUACGUAUCACCGUGUGAGCGUGACUACCGAGACCAAGAUCAGCAACAAAAGCUCCAUGCGGGUUACCAUCUCAUUAGCGGCGACAUUCGAGGAGAGUGACUCGCCUUGCGUCGAAUGCACCGCAGACAUCGAUUGGCACGAGGAGAUGAAGUUCCUCAAAGUUGAAUUUCCAGUCAACAUUCGCAAUACGGAAGCAGCAUAUGAGACACAAUAUGGAGUUAUCAAGCGUCCAACGCACUACAACACGUCAUGGGAUAUGGCCAAGUUUGAGGUCUGCUGUCAUAAAUUCGCCGAUCUGUCUGAACAUGGAUAUGGUGUUUCGAUUCUAAACGACAGCAAAUACGGGUUCGCAACAGUCGGUAAUGUCAUGCGACUAUCUCUCCUGCGAUCGCCCAAAGCGCCUGAUGACACAGCCGACAUGGGCAAACAUACUAUCCGGUGGGCCAUUAUGCCACAUGAAGGUGGACUGGGCCCGAGAACAGUCCGAGCGGCAUUCAACUUCAACAACCCUCUGAAGCUCCUCGUUGCUAAAUCGGCGACUCCCAUGUUGAGUCAGUAUCCUGUGACAUUGGAAGGCGAUGAGAGUCUUGUAUUGGACACCAUCAAGCGCGGAGAGGAUGAUGAAGACAUCAGUACCGGAGAAUUGCCUACACGGAAGGGGCGAAGUGUCAUACUCCGGAUCUACGAUUCCCUUGGUGGCAGAUCUCGGGGAACCGUACAAACCAUAUGGAACGUCAGUAAAGUCUUCAAGACAAAUCUGCUUGAAGAUGACGAAGAAGAGAUUUCUGUUCAGUCCGGAGCAUUCAAAAUUGACUUGGGCCCAUUCCAGGUCGGCACAUAUCGUCUCUGCUUAGCUGAUUAG